AUGCCUUGCUGUGUUGAUACGAUCGUGAAAAUAAAUCAAGUUCGCCAGACAGACAAGGAAGAGACGAAAUUAACCAUUGUAUGGGCUAUUGGUAUAUAUCCGAUUGAGAGUGAAGAUCGAGAGAUGGAAAUUUAUUAUAGUGUGAGUGGAAAAGUCGUACCUGGAACUCACAAUAACGAAUUAAGACUGAAAAUGACAGCUACUUCUUCGACGCAUUUAACGAUCAGAAGGGAUCUUGGCUCAAACAGAUGCCCAUUGAAAACUUCAUUAGUUGGUGUCGUGCAAGAUAUACCAAAAGAAGUUGAUGAUGAGUAUGCGGAACUAUAUGUUUACGCUGCCGAUAUCUUCCUUAUUGAUAUCAAUUUUACAGCUAAAAGAAAAAUUUCUAGUUUAAAUAAUUCUCAAACUACAACGGAGAUAUACAGAACUGUUCGAACAAAACUCUUAAAUGUGCAUCAAAAUGCUAAUGAAAAAUCGACUGAAGAAACUUCAACUAAAACAAAUAAACAUACAAUUGAUUUAACUACCGAUAAUCUUAACAUCUCAAAACACACGAGAGUGGAAGAUGCGGAAGAUGAUGACGAUCUUUAUGAACAAAGUGCCGAAUGUAGUAAAAAAUAUACAAAUGAAAGUAAUGAAUACGAUGAUGAUAUCGAUAUUGUUGGAGAAAGCAAAUACUCCAUGCAUAAUCGAGGAAAGGUAGACAAAGGUAAAGAAAAGAUGGCACAACCUGUAGUACAUAAUACGAGAAGUCGAGCUGAAAUAAUUAAAAAUAUAAAUGAAAAAAAAUAA